CAGCGGUAGCGGCGCCUGCUGCGCGGGUGGGGCGGGGUAGGGCAGGAUGAACUACAUGCCGGGCACUGCCAGCCUCAUCCAGGACAUCGACAAAAAGCACUUGGUCCUGCUCCGCGAUGGUAGAACGCUGAUAGGAUACUUAAGAAGCAUCGACCAGUUUGCCAACUUAGUGUUACACCAGACUGUGGAGCGCAUCCACGUGGGCAAGAAGUAUGGGGAUAUUCCACGUGGCAUCUUUGUUGUGAGAGGAGAGAACGUCGUUCUCCUGGGGGAAAUAGACCUGGAGAAGGAAAGUGACACUCCUUUGCAGCAGGUUUCAAUAGAAGAGAUCCUGGAGGAGCAGCGGGUGGAACAGCAGGCCAAGCACGAGUCAGAGAAGUUAAAAGUGCAGGCACUGAAGGAACGGGGACUUUCCAUCCCACGGGCAGAUACCCUUGAUGAGUAUUAGGUGUUGUGCCCUAUGGACAGUCUCCAUGACUCAGAUCAAGCAGAGUGCUUUGUGUGCAGAUGGGGCCCUUGCAGCUCUGCUUUGAAAGUUGGCUCUUCAUUUUGAGCAUGUGUUUUCUGUAGCACAGAAACUGGUUAAAAAAAAAAUGCCUUGUUUUGUAAUCCUUAUUUCUGAAGCACAGACAUUCUGGUGGUGUCUGAAUGUGUGCUGACAAGGCUGUGUGCUCUGGAGGGCUUGAGAGCACGUGUUCAGGGAAACCUGGUGUUUUGUUCUGUUUUUGUUUUUAUUCUGUUUAUCUGUGACUCGAGGGUAUCUGCUCCUCAGCAUGUAAAUAAAACCUGGAUCGUGAUAAUAUA